UUUUUCGAGUACUGGAUUGACGGUUUUUUUCAAUGGCACAGCUAACUCGUUUUCGUCCUUUGCUUGAAAGAGUGUUAGUUGAAAGGCUAGCUCCAGAAGCCAAAACUAAAGGAGGAGUCAUUAUUCCCCUUACCGCUCAGUCAAAAGUUAAUGAAGGUAUAGUUAAAGCUAUUGCCAAAGAUGUCGAUAAUGUGGCUGUAGAUGAUCACGUCUUAUUACCAGAAUAUGGGGGUACAUCUCUUUCUUUAGAUGACAAAGAAUAUUAUCUUUAUAAAAAGUCGGAAAUUUUGGGCGUUGUUGAGAAGUCUUAAAGUAAUGUAAAUCAUUGGUUGUAAUAAAGAUU